CUGAGCUUGAGCAAGCUCACACCUCAGGCCCUCCCACUCCUGUUGCCAAACCAGGAAGGAGGCGGGGCCCAGCUGAGAAGGCGGGGAGGUCCUCUGUCAAAGGGCUUUCCUAAAACCUGGGCCCGUGAGCAGAAAAGCAGCACCAGCGCUGGGGACAAAGGGCUAGUGAGAAUCAGGACUGGAAAGAAGACUUCGUUAUGAAGCCCUGGCCCAGGAUGUAUCCCGACACCUUCAACUUCCACUUCCACAACAUGUUGCCUGCCAUGGGGAGGAAAGCCACCUACCUCUGCUUCGAAGUGGAAGGACGGGAUCAGGACUUAGUCUACAAGGGUGUCUUUCAAAACGAGGUCUGCCAGGGGGCGCCAGGCCAUGCAGAACUCUGCUUCCUGGACUGGUUCUGUGACACCUUUGUGUCCCCCAACGUGUCUUACCAUGUCACCUGGUACAUAUCCUGGAGCCCCUGCUUCGAGUGUGCAAAGGUGGUGGAGAGGUUCCUGAAUGAGAACAGGAACGUGAGCCUGAGGGUCGCCACUGCCCGCCUCUACCUGUGUGACCAGGACGAUGAGCAGGGGCUUCGAGACCUGUGUGCAGCAGGCGCCGAGCUAGAUGUGAUGUCCCCCGAGGACUUUAAAUACUGCUGGGAUCAGUUUGUGUACAACCAGGAGAUGCCCUUCAAGUACUGGAAGAAUGUGCGUCGAUGUUAUUACGACAUGAAACGGAUGCUUAAAGAAGUCCUGUGGUAUGAGUUUCCUCAGCUUCCCCAGCCCUCUCCCCUCACUCUGCUCCCGAGUUCUGGCCUCUCCGCUGCCUCAGGCGCCCGCCUCCCGCACACUUCCUCCCUCUACCCCUCAGGGCCAGUCUGCCAGGGGGCGCCAGGCCAUGCAGAACUCUGCUUCCUGGACUGGUUCUGUGACACCUUUGUGUCCCCCAACGUGUCUUACCAUGUCACCUGGUACAUAUCCUGGAGCCCCUGCUUCGAGUGUGCAAAGGUGGUGGAGAGGUUCCUGAAUGAGAACAGGAACGUGAGCCUGAGGGUCGCCACUGCCCGCCUCUACCUGUGUGACCAGGACGAUGAGCAGGGGCUUCGAGACCUGUGUGCAGCAGGCGCCGAGCUAGAUGUGAUGUCCCCCGAGGACUUUAAAUACUGCUGGGAUCAGUUUGUGUACAACCAGGAGAUGCCCUUCAAGUACUGGAAGAAUGUGCGUCGAUGUUAUUACGACAUGAAACGGAUGCUUAAAGAAGUCCUGUGGGGAUUACCUCGGGGCCUGCGGAGAAUUUAUGAGUUUGAUUUGCAGAAGAAAGACUGUCUCCAAGUUAUCUGACACCCGCUGCUGGCUGCCCCCGCUCUAAUAUGAAAAAGCGCUCCCUAAGAAUGAAGAGACAGGCCUCUCUAAGUUCUCCUAAGCUCCCCUCCCCAACUCCCUUACUCCAUUAACAACUCUCUACUUUUGCUUUCUGGAGAAGACAAAUUUGACAGAUCCUGCUGUCCUCUUUUUUCACUUUGGCCAAAUUGAAUAAACUUUUCUCUGUCUCCAA